GGUAUAUGGUUGCUUUUAGUCGCGAAUUCGCUCUAAGACAGGUACUACCGAUAUCGUUUCCGAGUGUGGUUUCUUACCUACACCGUGGUAGCGGGUCGGUUUGUUGUCUUUUGCCGGUAUUUUGUUCCUUUUUAAGUUUUUUUUUUUAAAUUAUUGUCAAGGUCAAUUUUUAAAUCGUUGUAUAAUUAAGGGUUGUUUCUCAAUUAUAUUGUUAGAAAUCCAACAUUUUUCAUCAAAUCAUCAAUGUCUAAAAAAUGUUGGGAGACGAUCACUUGGGCAUAAAAGCAGGAAAGACGGCUCUGACUUGGGUUCUAGGGCAAACCAACGUUUGGUAUAUGCUGUAUCAUUUCGCACAUAAGGCGAGCAAAGACACCAGUUUCACUCAAAUCCAAUCAGACGUUUCCAUUCUGGAAGAUCUGUUCAAAUUAGGCCGCGAAACUGAUCAGCAAACUGAUCUAGAGGAACUGAAUGGAUAUUUACAAAAUACAUAUAGAGCAGAAACUGUCACAAAUGGCUCACUCAGCCUCUCCCCAACGCCUUUGUCAGGCCAACAGCCCGGACACUCACAUCAUCACUCUCAACUCACACAGAAAGACACAGGUGGACUGCUACAGGUGAUGCAACCAAGUAGCAACCCAGGGUCUCCCCCACCUAGCCCCCCAUUGGCCUCACCAGCCGUACCCCCAGGAAACACUUUGGACCUUAAUUGGCAAGCACUUAAACCUACUGUAAGGGAACGCAAUGCCGCUAUGUUUAAUAAUGAUCUUAUGUCAGAUAUCAGGUUCUUGGUGGGUCACCCGGGAGCAACACAAGUGAUACCUGCACACAAAUAUGUUCUUGCCACGGGCAGCUCAGUGUUCUACGCUAUGUUUUAUGGUGGUCUCGCGGAAUGUAAGGAUCAAAUUGAAGUGCCAGAUGUAGAACCAUCUGCCUUUUUAAUAUUAUUAAAAUAUCUGUACUGUGACGAGAUCCGGCUUGAAGCAGAUACGGUCCUGGCAACGCUCUAUGUGGCAAAAAAAUACAUAGUUCCAUACCUAGCGCGCGCCUGCGUCAACUAUCUAGAAACUAGCCUGACGGCGAAAAAUGCGUGUCUCCUACUCAGCCAAUCGCGACUCUUCGAGGAGCCCGAUUUAAUGCAGAGGUGCUGGGAAGUGUUGGACGCACAGGCUGAAUUGGCACUGAAGUCUGAAGGCUUCGUCGACAUAGACAUGUCCACCUUAGAAUCAAUAUUAAAGCGCGAAACCCUGAACUGCAAAGAAAUGAAUCUUCUCGAGGCGGCACUUAAUUGGGCGGCCGCUGAAUGUGGGCGAAGAGAUAUCGAAGCAACGCCGCAAAAUAAAAGAACGGUUCUUGGGAAUGCGCUUUACCUUAUUAGGAUACCUACGAUGACUCUGGAAGAAUUUGCCAAUGGAGCGGCACAGAGGGGGAUUUUGACCCAACAAGAGACUAUAGAUAUUUUUUUACAUUUUACUGCAAACAAUAAACCUGCUUUGCAGUACCCUAUAAAAGCCAGAGCUGGACUCAAAAGUCAGGUUUGUCACAGAUUCCAGUCCUGUGCCUACCGUUCGAACCAGUGGCGAUACAGAGGUCGCUGUGAUAGCAUACAAUUUUCAGUGGACCGGCGGAUAUUUAUCGUCGGUUUCGGCCUUUAUGGCUCUUCAAACGGUGCCGCAGACUACGCUGUCAAAAUAGAGCUGAAGCGACUUGGAAUGGUCCUAGCAGAGAGUAAUACGAAAUUUUUCUCUGAUGGGUCUAGCAACACUUUUCACGUUUAUUUUGAGAAUCCCAUUCAGGUUGAGCCAGAAGCUUUCUAUACAGCAUCAGCAAUCCUAGAUGGCGGAGAACUAAGUUACUUUGGACAAGAAGGAAUGAGCGAAGUGACCGUUGGCCAAGUGACCUUCCAAUUCCAGUGCUCAUCGGAAAGCACCAACGGCACCGGAGUACAAGGGGGCCAAAUUCCCGAACUGAUUUUUUAUGGUCCGCCGCACGAGGAACACUGAUACCGGCUGAAAGUCGAAAGGGAGCUGGUCGCGGUGAGCCCCUUUCCCAAAAAGGACCGAGAUGCAGAGAAACGGCCUAAAUAUUACUACUAUUACCCGAAAGGGUGCAUAUUAAGGAUCUCGAAGAGUAGUUUCUUAGAACCGUUUAUUUAGACCUAAUGUAGGAGAGCAAGAAGUGAGUUUAUAAUUUAUUGCAUUUUUAACAUAGAGAAUAUAUUUUCUUUCGACCUGUAACUAAAAAGACUUUUUGCUCUCUAAUCUUUAGUUGGUCCUAAAAUGAUUUAUAAAAUGUUCGAAAUAGUCGACAUUUUCCCGCUAGAGCUGUAAAAUACCAUAAAUAUUAGAUUUAUGGCAUUAUUAGAUUAUCAAAAACGGGAUAUAGAUAAUUUUCUAAUGUGCACCUGUUGCAAUUUAAAGGUUUAUUUUCCAGACUUGCAAAACCCCCAUAAGUUCUUGAUGAGGGAUAAUAUGACUUUAUACACCUAGUGAUACCUGAAAAAAAUUUUAACUAAUAAAAUGUCAAGUGCUGUGACUCCCCUUGUAUUUAUGAUACUUGAAGUGUAUAGAUCAUCUGCCUAGUGCUCUUGCUAAAGACUGCUUCAUAGAAGUGUUAAUCAAUCAUAAUAAGUUUAAAUAACCAAAAUUUAGUAGUUUAAGAUUCACCCACAUUGUAUAUUGCGUUAUUUAUAGACCCCUCUAGUUAAGUUCUAUUGCAGGUAUGUUUUUAUUAAUGAUGCUUUUGUGUUCAGUUUAGAACUUAAAAGAAAUAAUAUAUAUAAAUAAAAAUAUUGUCCAAUAUUAAA